UAUCCAGGACUAAUCCACGGAAGAGUGAAAACCCUUCGAGCUACUAAUGUUAUUCUUAUGUUUUCUGUACAACCAUCACCGCAUACCUCAGUCCCUAAAUACGAAGAGGAAGUAGCUGAAAAACCGAACCUUAGGGGACAUUCUCACUCAACAUGUGAGUGACCCUUGCAUGGGCUUCUUGGGUUACUAUAAAUGGAUGGGAUACAAUUGUACAAUAAAAUGACGACAAUAAAUGGGCCUUCAUAAUCCGCUAACAACCUCCCCCAAGUUGAUGUUGAUCGGUAAGCAUCAAUUUGCUUGUCCGGUACCUGUGACGACUAGUGGAGAACGCCUUGGUCAAAAGAUCAGCCACCUGGUCUUCUGCCCGUAUAUGGUGAAGAGUCACCAUCCCAUCGCUAAUCAAAUCCAGAACAUAGUGAAAAUGGAUCUCGAUAUGCUUUGUUCUAUCAUGAAGAACCGAAUUAACAACAAUGUGAAUAGCACUAGUAUUAUCCACAAAGAGAUCCAUAGGAAGAGAACAAGUCACGUCGAAAUCACUAAGCAGCCGUUGGAGCCAGAUGAGUUCAGAACACACCUCAGACAUGGAGCGAACCAAAGAAGAAAGGAGGCUAGGGUUUGCUCCAAGUGGUGAAUUAGGAAGAAUCUCCUCAAGAGAAGAUCAACACAAGAUCAAAGGAGAGUGGAGGCAUCACCAUGAUGGUUUCUACUUCUUUCUUUUGUGUUAUUCCCCUUUUUAGCAUGGAGUAGUUUCCUUUUUCACUUGGGUGUUUUGAAACCCUAACUAUGUGCCAUGUAAUUGUAGUGUGAAUUGAAUGAUUGUUUAUGGGUGUUGUUUAAUUUAAUGAUUGAGGUAGGUUUCAUGAUGAUUGUGCAUGUUUGUGCUUAGCAAUCUAAUUGGCCAUUCUAACCUAGGUUAGAGGGGAAACCCCCCUUUCCAAAAGAGGCUCAAUUGAGUUGGGAUUCCUUGGGCUUUUCAAGCCACCUACCUAGGUUAAUGUAGGGAAAACCUCUAUCUUGAAUUAAUCGACUAGGUUAAU